UCUAAUCUAUGAAAAUCGUAUGAAAAUCGUAUGAAAAUACGUAGAAAGAUGUGGGCAAGCGUAAAGAAAGAGUGGAUCGCCGAGAGCAAACUAAAGACAAGUUUGAUCCUGUUCGGCUAGAAAUUAAGUAUCCAGGAACAGCGAUAUUACUUUUGAAAUGUCAAGAAAAGCCUGUACUGUUAGCUGCAGCCGCAGCAUUGGCGAAAUAUGGUAGCAAAGUUAAAGGAAACUUGGAAGUUCUGUUUGAUCUCGACAUUGUGGACAGCGUGAUUCCAUUGAUCACUCACGAAGAUCUGUUUACUAGAAGGUACACAGAGAAAGAGAGAGUACCCAAUAUACAGUAUAUUUUCAAUCUUUAUCCAAUACUUAUCAAUAUCAACAGGUUUGCUACAAAAUUGCUAGCUGAAAUGGUUACUAUUCCCAAUGUCCUUCAUUUCCUCCUGGAUUCUGAUUAUUACAUUCCACAUUUUGCAAAGGUCCUUAUCAAUGACAAUGAUUUGUUCAUGCAGGAAUUUUCCUCCUUAAUAUUAGCAGAAAUGUCAAAGGAUAUGUUUGGAGCAGCAAAAAUAUUGAAACAGUGUCGAAACAUGGAUUUUUUAUUUGAGAGAAUUCAGUCACCAGAUCCAGAUGUAAAGAAGAACAAUAUAGAAAUAAUAUACAAUCUGUUAGAAGAUCCUACAGGAGCGACAGCAAUUAUUAACACAAAGAAUGUCGAAUGGGAGGAUGUUCACUCGGAAGCAUUUCGGAUUCUUCGGUUAGCCGCUGACAAUCCUGUAACCGCUGAAACAUUCGACGACAUUGGGGGUAUUAAACAGAUGUUGGGCUACCUGGAGGAUACCUCUCACUCGAAGCUGUUCGUGGAAGCUCUUGAUGUAGCCGUUUGUCUGUCGCAUACACCGAGGGGUAGACAAGCCCUCUACACAUACGGGAUCGUCGACUAUUUAUUGCGUACAUUAGUAGGCAAUGUGCAACCUGAUAUAUAUGAAAUCAGUUGCCAUAGUAUUGGAACGAUGAGUUUGUACGAUAAAGCAGCCAAGGAUCUAACUGAGAGCGGUUGUACGAAGAACAUUCUAGAUAUAAUGAAGAAUGAGAAUUUCAAGUGGAGUCCAAGGCACGCGGCUCUGUUUGCCUUGAAUCAAUUGUUGAAAUGCGAUAUUAAGAAUUGUGAAAAUUUCUUGAACGCUCAAGGACAGACAGCAACAACAAUCUUUUAAAUCAACAAAAUAAGGAUAUAUGUAUGUAGAUGACUUACGAUUAUAAUAAGAAAACGUUAAAGAAGAUUGUCA